CAGCUGGGCUUGGAUAUGGAGGAGCUGCAGGAAAUUGAAGAGGACGCCGGCUUGGGCAACGGAGGACUGGGGCGACUGGCAGCUUGCUUCCUGGACUCCAUGGCGACUCUCGGCUUGGCUGCUUACGGCUACGGGAUCCGCUACGAGUUCGGCAUUUUCAACCAGAAGAUCCUAGGAGGCUGGCAGGUGGAGGAAGCCGACGACUGGCUGCGUUACGGCAAUCCCUGGGAGAAGGCCCGCCCGGAGUACAUGAUCCCCGUCCACUUCUACGGACACGUGCAACACGGAGAGGGAGGAGUGAAGUGGGCGGACACGCAGGCCUGGGAUGUCACGGUGCGCACCUGCGCAUACACCAACCACACCGUGCUGCCAGAGGCGCUGGAGCGCUGGCCCGUCCACCUCUUUGAGACCCUCCUGCCGCGUCACUUGGAGAUCAUCUAUGAAAUCAACCAGCGUUUCCUCGAUAGAGUCUAUGCCACCUUCCCGGGAGACCUCGACCGGAUGCGCCGCAUGUCCAUGGUGGAAGAAGGCAGCGUCAAACGGAUCAACAUGGCGCACCUCUGCAUUGUGGGCUCCCAUGCGGUCAACGGAGUCGCCUGGAUCCAUUCUGAGAUCCUGAAGGCCACCGUCGCAUCGGAGAAGACUACAUCUCUGAUCUGGAUCAGCUGAAGAAACUUCUCAAUUUUGUGGAUGACGAAGGUUUCAUCCGGGAUGUGGCCAAAAUCAAACAGGAGAACAAGUUGAAGUUUUCUGUCUACCUGGAGAAGGAAUACAAGGUCAAGAUCAACCCCAACUCCCUCUUCGACGUGCAGGUGAAGCGGAUCCACGAGUACAAGAGGCAGCUGCUCAACUGCCUGCAUGUCAUCACACUUUACAACAGAAUCAAGAGAGAACCGAACAAGCACUUUGUGCCACGGACAGUCAUGAUUGGAGGCAAG